AUGGCCAUGGGCGUGGAGUCGAGUCGAGUCGAGCGGACAAUCCUGGCGUUUAGAUCACCGCCACUACCACCCCCACAAGCAGCAAUAGAUAGGUCCAAUACAAUACCAUACACCAUCAUCACUCACCCGCAGAUCCAGAUAUCCCAUGAUCCAGAGCCCCCAGCUCGCGCAAGCAUCCCUCCUCGACCAGCAUAUGUGCAACGUAGCUGCAAAAGCCCAGGGCGGUCGUGGCCCAUGUGCGCGUACAUGCACUGUACACGCAGAGUAAGCCCGGAAAAUCUCCAAGCAGGAAGCGGAGACGAGUCCAGAAGACGCAGGAUAAACGGGCAAGGGGGUUUAGUUUGCCUGAUGGGCAGGAAAACCAGGGACACGUAG